AUCCUCUCACUUUCAACUGUUUUUAUUUUCAGAAACUUUUUUGAUAUAUCUGUGUAGCUUAAUUAUUCAUCCCUUUUUUUAUUUUGAGAAACACACUAAUCAGUUUUGUUCACAUAGUCUAUACUUUUUUUCCAGACCAUGCUGUCUUUACAGAAGUUACUCUGUACCAGGCAAACAAGUUCACACAGGCUCAUGUGACCCCAUUAUUUUAUCUGCACUUUGAUUGCACACAUAAAAAUUUUGUCUUGUACAAAAUGAAAUCAAUCACUGGUUAUACAUUGAUGGCAGAUGAUGUACUGAAUAUACAAAGUGUUCAUAACAGUUGUAUGUAGUCUUGUCUAAAUAAGUUUUUUAUUAUAGUACUGUAAUCAGUAUAUGUGUGCAUUAGGGUGGUCGACGGGUCCAGUCAAGGAAGUGGAAGGGAUUCCCACAAUUUCAGACCUACUUGUGUAAAUAUGGCUCAUCGUUCCCAGUGCUCCUCUGCCGGGGACAACCCCCUGGACCCCAACUACCUUCCCCCUCACUAUCGUGAGGAAUACCGAAUGGCUAUCGACGCCCUGGUUGACACUGACUUGGAGGGCUACUAUGGGUUUCUUAAGAUGGUAGAUGUGGUCGAUUUUUUAUCCCGUACAGAGAUUGAGUAUAUCAAAUGCAAUGUGCAAGCUCCAUACCAGACCGCCCAACUAGAGAAGAGAUGCAUGACUGAAGAUGUAGAUGGUUCUUCUGACACUUACUGGCCGGUACAUUCAGACCAUGAUGCUCCGGGCCUUGACUUAGGCUGGCCACAGCAAUACAGAUUUGUUGGACCUACUGAGGUCACUACAUUGGUGAACCCGCCUGACCCCGAGAUGCCCAGUAUUAAAGAGCAAGUCCGCAGAAUGAUCAAGAGUGCACAACAAGUUAUCGCUGUGGUGAUGGAUAUGUUUACAGAUGUUGACAUCUUUGCUGAUAUCCUUGGUGCAGCGACACGUGGUGUGGCUGUUUAUGUUCUUCUUGAUGAACUGAAUGCUCAACAUUUUGUUGCGAUGGUGAACAACUGUAGGGUGAAUCUGGAUGAGAUAAAAUUCAUGCGGGUAAGAACUGUGUCUGGUAGUACCUAUUCCUGCCGCACAGGGAAGAACUUUAAAGGUCAGAUGAUGAGUCGCUUUAUACUGGUAGACUGCAGAGCUGUUUUAAGUGGCAACUAUAGCUUCAUGUGGUCUUUUGAGAAGAUACAUCGAUGCCUUGCUCAUCUGUUUCUGGGACAGCUUGUAACCACCUUUGAUGAAGAGUUUCGGAUUCUGUUUGCCCAUUCAGAGCCACUGGUUGUUGAAAAUGUUUUGGCAAAUAUGCCACACUAUGACAGGGAACCUGAAGGCUUCUACAACACAGAAAAGACCCACAUGUUUAACAGACAAUAUCCAGCUAUGGGUAUGGAAUGGGCUGAACGCAGUGCAGAAGAGCAUAUGAAUGUGGGUCACAAAAUGUUACCCUUUAGGAGUGAAUCCAUCCACAGUGCAGGAGAAGCAAAUCCUUCCGUUCAAAGGCACAUGAACCUGCAUGCUGGUCAACAACAUAGAGGGGGCCAUCAAUUUAUAGAGCAUGGAAGGCAAAUGAGAGGACCAACUGAAAUGGUUGGCUUAAAAAGGCAUAGCUACGGAAAUAUACCUGAUUAUGAAUACCUGCCUCCUCAAAACCAUCCAACAAUGAAAGGAAACCAGUACAUAGAGGGAGCUGUGCUCCAGGGUGGCCAUUUUGCAAGAGAUCCAAAUAUUUACCAGGGAGCUGGAUUACAAUCUGGUUAUGACAUGUAUGGGAAGUUUACAGGCCAAGGCCACCACAUUGAUCAGUUUUCAGGGUCUAGCUACCCUCAUGAGGGAGAUGAGGCUGAACCAACUGGAGCUUACGACCAUGUUCAAAGAUACCUGCAGUCUCACUCGGCUAUGGAGGAAGAAUAUGGUCCAAGAAAUGUAUUGCCACCUGUGCAAUCUAAUAUUAAGAGACACAGCAGGGGUCAGUCUUAUACCUGUCAGACCUCACCAACACAACCAAACCUGCCAGAACAGAAACGUUUCUUUAAUGUAAACCGCAAACCACAGGAUAUGAGUCAAAAGCAAGGCCUGAGGGACUGGAGGAUCAGCUCGUACCUUAGUGCAUAUGAUGAUGCAGGAGAACUGGAUUUAGCUGAACUUGAAGGAUCCAGCACAGGAAGUGACAUUCCAUGUUUUACGCAGGAAGCUCCUUGUGGUCCUUUACGUGCUGAAAUUAGACCAGACGUUCCAUGUUUUACGCAGGGAGCUCCUCGUGGUCCUGUACGUGCUGAAAUUAGACCAGGAAACAGAGAGUUUAACAGGGUACCUUCACCUAGGGAAAAUCCCAUGUUUGUCCAGAUUCAGAAUGAUUCUGUUGUGCCUGAUAUUACAGUAAAUCAUCCAACAGUCUUAUCACAAAUAAAUAUCAAAACAACACCAACAUCAACUUCAGAGUCUUUUUGCACCACUGAGGGUGACAAAGUGGAGGAGACGCAGAACAGAGAACCUAAAGAGACAAACCGGAUUAGUGAAGAGUUCCUCAAGAGGAAACCCAGCCGCCCUGUCCAGAGGAGUUCCAGACUGAGACACUCACUGAUAUUCAGUUCAAAUUUGGAGUUGAAUACAUCAGGAGAUAUGAAAGAUACUGCAGGAGAAAAAGAAGAGAAUGAAACUUCAAAACCUUUAGCUCGGGUCUCGCAUAUCUUGGAUAAAAAGAGGACUAGUUCUCCAUUUCAACCAUUUCAGUGGAGCAAUUUUGUAAAGUCAGCCACAUUUGAUAACUCCACCAUAGAGUCUGCACAACCUGAGGAUGAACUGAACAAAUUGGGUGAAAAUUCUGAUUUAGAUAAAGUUGAAAACUCCCAAAAACUUCAAACAAAGGGUCCUCUGCAAGAAAAAGAUCAACCUCAAACAGCAGUUCCUGAAAGAAGGGAUGAAUGUCCAUCUAAUCUAUUGCAAAAGUCAUCUUCUUUGAUAGAUAUGAAUGACCCUGACUGCAGACUGAGGUAUUUCAAAGAGUUGGCAGCCAAACGCAAACUUGCAGCAGCAAAGGUUCCUCAGAGCAAUCCAGUGAAAGCCACCCAAAAGUUUACUCUACCAGAGAAACCUUCAACCACUGACGCAGAUAAAAAUGCAGGACCUGUUUUCAAGACCCCAGAAACUACACUCAAGACAAAAAAUACCACUGUCCCAGCACCAGAGACCAAAGAAACAUGUAAAGACCCCAAACGUGAGGAAUCAAGUAAAGACAUCAUGCAUAGAGCUACUGAUGCAGAAAAAAUUCGAUUUAAGAAAAGACUUGCGGAAGAAUCUGGCUCCACAUUUUUUCAAAAAGACACUGAUCCAACUCUAAAACCUGUUGAAGAGGCAAGAACAGUAUCUACAGCUAAAAAUCAGACAUCCCCCAUUUUAAACAUUUUUGCACAAAAGCCUUUCUGUGCUUUGUCUGGUGAGUCCACAGAUCCUUGUGCAAGCUCAUCCUCAGAACCUUGCUCAAAAAACUCCCUUUCUAUAGCCAGUGCUACAUUGGUAGCUCAAGCAGAAUCUGUUACAUUCAAUACUCCCUCAACAGAAUCUGGCCUCAUCCAAUUUCACAGUCCAAAAGAAACAGACCACUCCCAUGCUGUUUUGACAGGGAGUUGUCCGCCAGUAAAGUUACCACAGACAAAGUGUAUGUCACCACUUCGCACCACUCAAAGUGAGGGCUCUCUAUUUGCAAAUGACUCCCAAACUCUUGCACAGAGCUCACCCAAUAUUUCUAGCACAUGCCCUGAUAAUGUAUCUUUGGAUUCUAAUUCAAAAUCAAGCCUAGCAAUUGUAGAUACUUGUGUACCCUCAAAGCCUGACCACAUAAAUAAUGUUCCCUGCCCAUCAUUUUCUACAGCUGGAAUUAGUUCCUCUCAACACCCCAUUGCAACAAAGGCAGACUCAUUUCAGCACUUCACUGAAACUGUAGAAGAUUUUUCCAGACACUCCACCACAGUAGGGUCUGAACCAUCUUCAGCAGAAAGUGCAUGUUCACAACACCCCUCUGCAGCAGAGACGGACUCUUCUCAGCAGACCGCUGCAUCAGUGGUAGACUCUUCCCAACAUCACACUACAAAAGAAAGUGACCCAAAACCCACUGCAACCGGUACAGAACCUUACAAACCGACUACUCCAUCAGCCACAGACUCUUCACAGCAGCCCACUGGAACAGUCACAGACUCUUCCCAACCACCUAUUGUAAUAGAGAUAGAUUCUUCUCAAAAGCCCAUUGCAAUGGAGACAAACAUUUCUCAGCAGUCCACAGCAUCAGUGGUAGACGCCAUUCAACAGACAACUGCAUCAGGGGCAGUCGUUCCCCAAAAGCACACUGCAAUAGAAUGUGAACUUUCCACAGAACCUUUCAGGCAACCACCUGUAUUGGGAGCAGGCUCUUCUCAUCAGCCUACUACAACAGUCACACACUCUUCUCAACCCCCCACUGCAAUAGUGACUGAUUCUUCUCAAAAACCCACUGCAAUGGAGACAGACACUUCACAGCAGUCCACAGCAUCAGUGGUAGAUGCCAUCCAACAGCCAACUGCAACAGAAACAGACUCUUCCCAGCAGCCCACUGCAACAGUCCCAGACUCUUCCCAGCAUCUCACUGCAAAAGUCACAGACUCUUCCCAGCAGCCCACUGCAACAGUCACAGACUCUUCCCAGCAAUCCACUGCAAGAGUCCGAGACCCUACCCAGAAGCCCAAUACAACAAUCACAGACUCUUCCCAGCAGCCCACUGCAACAAUCACAGACUCUUCCCAGCAAUCCACCGCAAGAGUCCGAGACCCUACCCAGAAGCCCAAUGCAACAAUCACAGACUCUUCCCAGCAGCCAACUGCAAAAAUCACAGACUCUUCCCAGCAGCCCACUGCAACAGAGACAGACUCUUCCCAACAGCCCACUGCAACAAUCACAGACUCUUCCCAGCAGCCCACUGCAACAGAGACUGCGUCUUCCCAGCAGCGCACUACAACAGAGACAGAUUCUUCCCAGCAGCCCACUGAAACAGAGACAGAUUCUUCCCAGCAGCCCACUACAACCGAAAUAGACAUUUCCCAGCAGCUCACUGCAACAGUAACAGACUCUUCCAAGCAGGCCACUAAAACAGAAAUAGACUCUCCCCAUCAGCCCUUUACAACAGAAACAGACACUUCCCAGCAGCCCACUACAACAGAAACAGACUCUUCCCAGCAGCCCACUGCAACAGAGACAGAUUCUUCCCAACAGCCCACUGCAACAGAGACAGAUUCUUCCCAACAGCCCACUGCAACAGAGACAGAUUCAUCCCAGAAGCCCACUGCAACAGAGACAGAUUCUUCCCAGAAGCCCACUGCAACAGAGACAGAUUCUUCCCAACAGUCCACUGCAAUAGAGACAGAUUCUUCCCAGAAGCCCACUGCAACAGAGACAGAUUCUUCCCAACAGCCCACUGCAACAGAGACAGAUUCUUCCCAGAAGCCCACUGCAACAGAGACAGAUUCUUCCCAACAGUCCACUGCAACAGAGACAGUUUCUUCCCAGAAGCCCACUGCAACAGAGACAGAUUCUUCCCAACAGCCCACUGCAACAGAGACAGAUUCUUCCCAACAGCCCACUGCAACAGAGACAGAUUCUUCCCAGAAGCCCACUGCAACAGAAACAGACUCUUCCCUGCAGCCUGCUACAACAGAGACAGAUUCUUCCCAGAAGAAAUCCACAACAGUCUCAGACUCUUUGCAUCAGCUCAUUGCGAAAGACACUGAUUUGUCCCAGCAGCUCACUGUAACAGAAAGUGAAUCAUCCCAAAACUCUACUAAACUAAUGGUAGACACUUCCAAACAUCCUAUUGAACCAGUAAAUGAAUCCCUUCAACACAUCAAUGCAACAGAGUCUGACUGUGUGAAUGAGAAAAAGAAAAAAGAUGAUAACUUAUCCGAACCCUUCAGCAAACCCGUUCCAGAUGCUAACAUUACACAAGCAGACAAUAGUGUAUCUCAAAUUACAGUCAUUACAGACUUAAGUUCCACAGCUGAGCAUUCCCAAUCUGAUACUGUUCCACCUUGUGAUAGCCAAACACAAGCAGGGACCAAACCACGUAUAACUCCUGUGGUAAAAGACACUGACACUAGUCUCAAUUCAGUUGAGGUGAGCUCAACACAGAUUUGCCUGUCCACAAAUGAGAUUAACUCAACUCAGGGAAUCACACAAUUACAAUCUUGCAUAUCAUCAAACCCUAUGGAAUCUAGUUGUAUAAAUGACCCAAAACCUGAGAAAACAGAUGAGUGCCAGAAGAAUGAGACCAUUACAGAGCAAUCUCAGAGGCAUGAAUCUUCGGCUAUAGCUGAAGGGCCUGAGAUAACUCAGACAGAGGUUUCUACAGCCCCAGACCCUAAACAAACAACAACAGAGGUGGAAAACUUUGCAGAGGGUUCAGAAAAAUCAGAUAUGACUAUACACAGUAAUUCAGAAAAUUCAGUAAUUCAGUCUUCUGUUGCAAAGAAUCCAAAAUCAAUCAUGUCCACCCAUCAGUCCUCUACUGCAAAUGUUAUCUCGUGCAGCAACCUUAGAGAUGACACUAAAGUUCUUUUAGAGCAAAUUUCAGCAAAAAACCAAAGCAGAUCAUCCCAGUCCAAGGAGACUAUUGCUGCACCCAAUGAAGCAAAAGAGGGUGAGGUUAGCUCUGCAGAUAAACUGUUUUCAAAUUAUUCGGGAAGGCCCUGGUCCUCCAAGGCUACACCAGAAGAACGGGAUAUGUUGCUACAGAAGAUGGAGAAAAUGCGUAAAGAGAGAAAGGUCUACAGCCGUUUUGAGGCCUCAUAAUUUAAAUCUUCAGAAGGCUCCAGUAAAGGAACAAUACGAGAGAAACGAUUUUAUUCUUUCCUUCGGUCUUACCUCAUAACUGUGAACUUGAACUGUCUCAAAACGUCUGAUAAUACUAAAGAUUGCUGCCUAUAUUGAGAGAAUGGAAAUCCCUGCAAGACUUAACAGAUGACAACUGACUUAACUGCAUGACAAAAAAACAGGAACACAACCCUUACCAGCUGGAAUAAGCUUUCAAUAGGGCAGGUAUUUUCUAUUGUGUGUGUUUAUAUAGCUGUGAAACAAAUAUCUGAAUCUUUUGUAAUUAUCGGGAUUUCUGAAUCCAGAAAUUCUGAUCUAAAAAAAGUUGUUUACCAAACAAAAAGCAGUCAUUACAAAGUGAACUGCCAAAGACAGAGCAUGUGAGUGAUGUGGAGUGGGGGAGGAGUUGUGUGAUAUUGCCAGGAGCAAGGAGCAGGUUUUUUGAAAGUCUCCAAGAUCGUCCUGAUAUUGCUCCAACAUGUUAACAGACUAGUGUUCUUGUUUCAAUACAGCAUGAAACUUUUCUCCAAGUAUUGUUUAUUUUUUCAUUUAAAUAAUUAUCUUGUGCCAAGAUGUUUGUGAUAUUAAAAACAAACAUUGAAAGAACUUUAUAGUGGAUCAGUAACUGGGCACACAUUUUUCUAUGUGGUUUACAUGAAGCAAUGAGUGAGCAGCAGGAAAUAGAAAACAUGGAACAAAGUGGAGCUAGAGUGGAAAGAACACAGGAUGCUUUGGAAAGGGGAAAUUGUUCAGGAUGUUCCACUGGAUGCUUAAGUGUUUACUAAUACGUUUUUAAAGACAUGCCACUGUAAAAUACAUUCUGUUGGUUUAUGUUGAUACACGAUGGAAACUCAUCGUGUGAGCAUGAUGCACAAAGCACAUAUGUGUGAGUCAAGGUAACAUAUUGUUAAAAGUGUGUACAGGAACUUCUUUUAGCAAAAUCGCUAAAGUACACAAUAAAGAUAGGACAAAAAAAGUGCAGAAUUGAGGAACUAAGUUAGAUGAAAUGUGCAAUAUUGUAAAUUUUGAAUGAGAUAUUAUUGAUUUAUUUAAAAUGUGAAACCUGUUUGUCAACAAUUGUCAAUGUAGUGAGACUGUUUUUGAUGGAGGUUCCUAUAAGCUAUGUGUAGAGAACCAAUAAUGUCUGUUACAUGUUGCCACCUAUUCCAAAGGUUUUAUGUUUGAAUCAUGUUUAGAUAAAAAGUUAGAUCUACUUCACUGACAUUGAAAUAAAAUAAAACUAGGACAUGUUCUUCAAAUAUCAAAA